UCCCCUCCCAAUCAUGUGAUUCAGGUGUUCCAAUCCCCUCCCAAUCAUGUGAUUCGGGUGUUCCAAUCCCCUCCCAAUCAUGUGAUUCGGGUGUUCCAAUCCCCUCCAUAUCAUGUGAUUCAGGUGUUCCAAUACCCUCCCAAUCAUGUGAUUCAGGUGUUCCAAUCCCCUCCAUAUCAUGUGAUUCAGGUGUUCCAAUCCCCUCCCAAUCAUGUGAUUCGGGUGUUCCAAUCCCCUCCCAAUCAUGUGAUUCGGGUGUUCCAAUCCCCAUCAUAUCAUGUGAUUCAGGUGUUCCAAUCCCCUCCAUAUCAUGUGAUUCAGGUGUUCCAAUCCCCUCCAUAUCAUGUGAUUCAGGUGUUCCAAUACCCUCCCAAUCAUGUGAUUCGGGUGUUCCAAUCCCCUCCCAAUCAUGUGAUUCGGGUGUUCCAAUCCCCUCCAUAUCAUGUAAUUCAUGUGUUCCAAUCCCCUCCCAAUCAUGUGAUUCAGGUGUUCCAAUCCCCUCCAUAUCAUGUGAUUCAGGUGUUCCAAUCCCCUCCCAAUCAUGUGAUUCGGGUGUUCCAAUCC